AUGUUAGCUGGACGAACCAUUUUCUUGUUGGAAAAAACAAUUUCUUUCCGACUUCUCAGCUACGAUAUCCUGUUAUUUCAAAAGAAAUACCUUUCAGCUAAAAAAGAACGGGAUACUGAAGAAAUUAUUCAAGCGCUGAAUCGACGAAUCAGCGAAUACAGGAAAUAUCUUUCCAGACAUAGUAACAGCACCUAUCUUAGUAAAAAAGCAUUGGCCUCUGUGGAAAUCUUAACUCAAGAACUGGCCGACAUACAACAAAUGAACAAAGCAAAAGUAACUCCAGCAAUUCCAUCUAGUGUAUCAAUCGAGAUUAUAAGCAAUGGCACAGCUCACCUUAGGCCAUGUGUCGUUAUCCAUACUAAUUACAAGGAUUAUUUGUUUAACUGUCCAGAAGGCACUUCACGAUUCCUGGCUGCAAAUCGCUUGAAAGCUAUCAAUCUUACUGAUAUUUUCUUUACACGAGAUACUUGGGAACAUUUUGCCGGUGUAUCAGGAUUGCUCAAAACACCAGUGGCUUCAUCGUCAUCUAAACUAGAGCGAAUUAUCAGGCUACAUGGUUCUCAUAACAAGAUGAACUGCGGUUUCUACUCAGACGAUGCACUGACCGUACAUUUUAUACCAGUGUCAACAUUUUCUACUCCUCAGCGAUCAAUGCAAGAAAAGUUGGAUAUAGCUUUUUUGGUUGAACUGAAGCCACCACAAAGGUCCUUGGAUAUCCAAAAAAUCAAGAAGCUAAAAAUCCCUAGUGGUCCUCAUAUGAAGCAGCUAAAAGAUGGGGAAAAUAUAACGUUAUCCGAUGGGCGUUUUGUUAAAGCAGAAGAAGUCUUAAGCGAUUUAAAGGCUAAACCACUAUAUGCUUGCCUUAUUGUUGAGUGCAGUGAUCUAAAAAAGCUUCAGUCAUUGCAAAAUAAUACUUUACUUCGAGGCUAUAACAACCGAGACAGAAGUCUACGGUAUGUCGUUCAUUUCACUAAAAAUUCAGUGCUGAAUAAUGAUGAAUACAAAUCUUGGAUGGCUUCAUUUGGACAUAGCGUGGAGCAUAUCAUUGUGAAUGGCAGCGGUCCAUGCUUGCCUCACAUGGAAGCAGUUUAUCGUAUCAAUGUUAUCUUGAAUCAUAUUUGUCCAAAGUUAUUUCCUCUUCUAUAUCCAAAAGGAUUCAAUGGUAUUAUACAACAGGAUGAUGAUUGCGAAAAGAGCGGCAACUGUCUCUAUGUUAGGCCAUUUCAGCGGUAUUUUUUGCGCAGGCCUGUCAAUUUAGAUUUAGCACCGCCCAAUGUAUCGUUAGUCCUUACUGAUUUGUUGCUGCAACUCAAAGAAGACUCGGCAACUUCUGAAUCUAUUAAUUUAUUCAGGCGCACAUCAAAUCUGCUAGCAAACGAGGACAAUUGGCCUAGGAUUUGUUUUCUUGGCACAUCAUCAGCCGUGCCUACAAAUUUCCGUAAUGUCAGUGCAUAUUUUCUUCAGUUUAACGAGAAUUUUUGUAUAUUCGUUGACUGUGGCGAAGGAUCAUAUGGUCAGUUACGCACUUUAUUCGGUGAUGUAGCUUGUGAAGAUUUGUUACUGAAAUUAAGUGCAGUUUUCAUUACACAUGGUCAUCAGGAUCACUACCAUGGAAUUUUCACUAUUGUUCAGUGUCGAAAAGAAUUGUUUAUGAAAAGAGGCAUGACUUACAAGCCGUUAAUUGUGGCUGGUGGGAACCACGUUUUGAAAGUUUUCCGUGAUGUUGAUCGUAGCUUUGGUAAUUAUACGCGGGAUAUGCAUAUUGUGAACAUCUCUAAAAUAUUGUGGACACUUUCUCAACAGAAAGGAGGUCCGAUAGAGGCAGUCGAUUUGACUGGUGAAAUACCUCCUGAAAUUAUAGAUAUAGAAAAACUUGGAUUUAAAAGUGUUAUUGCGGUUAAGGUGAAUCAUGCAAGAACUGCUGUUGGUUAUAUAUUUACAGAUCUAAAAAACCAAAAAUUUGUUUUUUCCGGUGACACAAUGCCUUGUGAGCAGCUUGUAAAUCAUGGAAAAGAUGCACUAGUUCUUGUUCAUGAAUCAACUUUUGGGGAUGAUGAAGAGGCACAUGCUCUAUAUAAGAAACACAGUACAAUGAAGCAAGCUUUCGAUGUUGCUGCACGGAUGGGUGCAAAGAAUUUGGUACUAACACAUUUUAGUGCGAAAUAUCCGAAGGUACCACCAUUACCAGAUUAUAUCGAAAAAGCGGGCAAUGUAACUAUCGCGAUGGAUAAUAUGAUUGUUACACCAAGCGACUUGAAACUCUCAGCAAAACUUAUCCCGGUAUUACGAGCAGUUUUCUCGAAAGAAAUUAUCGAAAUAAUGCAGCGGUCUUUGAAAAGACAUGUUCAAGAAGACACACUUGCACGAAAAUUUGUUGAUACCCUUGGCUGUACGGCACAAAAGAAAAAACCAUCCGAAAAUUUAUCUUUUUCGGAUGCCGUUCCCUCAAUAACUUCGUGA